ACAGUACCUCGCACGCGCUCUAGAGGCGCGUCGCAUCAACUUCCUACUGACUGAUUUUCUCGCCUCAUUGCUUCACAGUUAAGUCGCUGCUCUGUCCACAGUCCAUAAACUCGCCACCAAAUUCUCCUCCGAUCUCUCUCUCUCUCUCCUCUCUUUCUCUCUCUAGAAACUCGGCGAGAUUCCCCGCCCUCCGCCCCCAUGGGCUUCGGCAGCAGCCCUAUGGAUCAAUGCUGCGCCAUUCUCAAAUCCUCCAUAUUCCUCAUACUAUUAACAGCCGUUGGAUUAUCUCGAGCAUCAAUUCACAUCUACGACCAAAAUCCAUUCCGAGAAGUAGGCAAUGCUUAUCUCAUCUCCGGCGGCAGCGAAGGCAUCGCCGCCUCCGACCACCCCCACGGUCGCUCUAUUAUUCGAUUUGACAACGUAACUUUCUGGAGGAGUAACAAUGCUGCUAAUGUCGGUUUGGUUCAAGUCAUCAUUUUUGAGGCAGCCGAUCGUGACAAUAUCGGUGGGUCCGCUUAUGGUGGGCAGAGAUCAAUUUGCUGCACCGCCGAUCUAGCCAAAUUGGAAGGCUGCAAACAGGGAGAAGUAAUAAGCACACCGUCAGCAUCUGAUAAGAAUUGGCCUGUCGUUUUGAAUAUUUACUUUAAAGAAAACAUGUUAUCCACGCAUAUAAAAAAUAACAAAGAAGUCAACGUAAAGAAAACCGGAAUGUACAAUUUAUUCUUCAUCACAUGCGAUCCGAAACUCAAGGCAAUGAAGGUCAGCGGAAGAACAGUGUGGAGAAACCCUAGUGGAUACUUACCCGGUAGAAUUGCCCCUCUGAUGAAGUUCUAUGUAUUUAUGUCGAUUCUGUACGCGAUCCUUUGUGCAGUUUGGGUUUUCCAGUACGUUAGGUAUUGGAACGAUGUUUUGCUUCUGCAGCAUUGCAUUACUUCCGUUAUAGCUCUUGGGUUGUUGGAGAUGACUUUUUGGUACUUGGAUUAUGCCUACUUCAACAGUACCGGUACGAGGCCUAUUGGAAUCACAACAUGGGUUGUGACAAUUGGGGCUGUAAGAAGAACUUUAUCGAGGAUUCUUAUUCUCUCUGUUUCUAUGGGCUAUGGUGUUCUUCGACCGACUCUUGGCGGAUUAACAACAAAGGUGCUUCUUGUUGGAGGCACUUACUUCUUGGCUUCGGAAAUGCUUAACAUUGCAGAGUAUGUGGGAAGCAUAAAUGACGUGGCGGGGCGGGCGAGAGUGUUUUUUGUUCUUCCGGUUGCGUUUUUGGACGCUUUCUUGAUUUUGUGGAUUUUCACUUCUCUUUCGAAAACACUGGAGCAACUACAGGCUAAAAGGAGUUCUACUAGAUUGGACAUCUAUAGGAAAUUCUCGAACGCACUAGCUGUUACUGUUAUAGCUUCGGUUGUGUGGAUAGGAUACGAGGUUUAUUUUAAGGCAACAGAUCCCUUCAAUGAAAGGUGGCAGAGUGCUUGGAUUAUCACAGCUUUCUGGGAUAUUCUUGCCUUUGCUUUGCUCUGUGUUAUCUGUUACUUGUGGGCCCCAUCCCAAAGCUCUCAACGGUAUGCAUACAUGGACAAUAAGGGAGAAGAGACAGAUGAUGAAGAAGCUGAAUCGUUGUGUAGAGAAACACCUAAAGGCAGUAUCGGUUUAGUCGAGCAAGAUAGAAAAGAUGGCGAAGCUUCUGAUCAAGAAGAAGCAGAGGAAGGUAAGAGGGAGUAAUGUGCAAUUUUAUAUAGAUCAUUUAUUGAAGUGGAAGUCGACGAGGCUAAUGCACUAGUAUCGAAGAAAGAAAAACGGGAUACGGAGGGGUUUGCUGGACUUGUACUGAUGCACACAGUAAUGGUGUUCAUGUGUUCUUUAUUUUUUUUUAUUUUUUUUCCGGGGAAGUGUAUAGGGCAAGAAAACGAAGCAUAUGAAACAUUGAUUCUUUACAAAAAAAAUUCUGGGAGAUGUAUAAGUUUGGAUUGUAAAAAGAUUGUGUCGUGAAAUCCUCGAUUUUAUAUGUAACUCUUCGAUUAGGAAUUCUUGAUAUGCUGAGAAAAUUAAUUGCUA